CCCCAUCGGAGGUCAACUCGGAGUUCACAAUCACCUCUGACAUAGAAACCAAAGAAAACCCAUCUCCAAUUUCUUCUCAAAAUCCAAUCUUUACCCCAAAAAUCCAAUCUUUACAACAAUGUCCACCGGAAUCGUGACCCGUUUCAAAGAAGCCGGCCAAUCAGCGAUGGCCGCCCACCGCCCCUGGUCCGAAUUCUCCGACCUCUCCGCCCUCAGCCUCCCUCAAAACUUCUCCGACGCGACGACCCGGCUCUUCCAGAACUCGACCCAUUUCCGGUCAAACUACGCCAUGCUCGUCUUGGUCGUCCUCUUCCUCAGCCUCCUCUACCACCCUGUCUCCCUCAUCGUCUUCCUCCUCGUCUUCGCCGCCUGGGUCUUCUUCUACUUCUCCCGCGACGACGACGUUUCGGUCUUCGGGUUUGUUGUCGGGGACCGGGUCGUGAUGGCUGUGCUGGGAUUGGUGACUGUGGUGGCGCUGGUGCUGACAAACGUGUGGCUGAACGUCGUCGUUUCGGGGGUGGUGGGGGCGGUGGUGGUUUGUGUUCAUGCGGUGUUUAGGGGCACGGAGGAUCUUGUGAUGGAGGAUAAGGAGUCGCCUUAUGGGGCACUGCUUUCGGAUGAUCCUGACCCGCGUGGGAACUACACCAUUAUGUGAUGGUCGUUUUGGUCUUUGAUGUUUGAUGAGAUGGCAGCAUUUCAUCAUUUACCAGGGUUCGAUGCAGAUAAACUUUCAGCCAGUACUGAUGUUAGCUUCUUCUUUCUGGAGUCUGUGAUUGUGUAAACAUCAGCAUAAUUGUUUUUCAAAAUUGUUCGCCUAUUCAAUCAUGUUCUUGGUGCUUUUGGCAGAGAACUUGUAUAUACCAUUGUUCUCAUGGUAAAUGUUGACCAAACAAGACACAUUGUAACUGCAAUUUUGUAGUAGUCAUUUCUGCAGUGCUAACUCUC